CAAGUGCAUCAACAUCAAGAAGAGAAAAAAAGUUACCAAAAUGACAAUCAUCAUGGGAAAGAUAUUGUUAACACUAUUAUUGUUAUCAUCAAUUUUCUCAAUAGCCACUUCAUCAAAAAGAAGAUCAAGAUCUUCCAACAACAACAUAGAUUGGUGGUGUAACCAAACCCCACACCCAGAAACAUGCAAAUACUACACAAAACAAACCCAUUACUAUCACAACAAAAGCAUCAAACACAAAACAAAAUUCCGCGAAAUUCUCAUUCAUUUAGCCUUAGAGAGAGCCGUUGUAAUGCGAAAUAUGGCGCAUAAUUUCGGACAAAAUAGUUGGAUCACCCAGAAGAAAAAAUCAGUGUCACGUGAUUGUUUAAAACUCUUCGACAACACAGUUUUCCAUCUCAACCGUACAUUUUUAGACCUCCACAAGAAAAAAUCAUGUUCAUCAUUCGAUGCACAAACAUGGCUAAGCACGGCCUAUACAAACAUCGAAACAUGUCGAAAUGGGGCAUUGGAAUUGAACAUUCCAAAAUUCAUUGUACCAAUUAUGAAAGUAAACAUGACACAAAUCAUUAGCAAUGGUUUAUUCGUCAAUUGGGAAUUCGUUAAACGUGAUGGCCGUGUUCGGUACACCAACGAUGUAACUGAAGAAGGGUUUCCAAGAUGGUUUUCGGUUCGAGAGAGGAAACUAUUGGAAUCUUCUAGGGCUAUUAAGGCGCAUAUCAUUGUCGCGAAAGAUGGUUCGGGCCAUUUUAAGAGAGUACAAGAUGCUAUAAAUGCUGCUGGGAGGAGAAGGUUUAAAACAAGAUUUGUUAUACGUGUGAAGAAAGGUGUUUAUAGAGAGAAUAUUGUGGUUGGGAAGAUGAAUGAUAAUAUUAUGUUGGUAGGUGAUGGAAGUAGAAAUACAGUGAUAACAAGUAAUAGAAAUGUUCAAGCUGGUUUUACUACCUAUAGCUCUGCCACUGCAGGAAUUGAUGGUCUUCACUUCAUUGCACGUGACAUUACUUUUGAAAACACGGCUGGACCACGUCGUGGUCAAGCAGUGGCGCUUCGAUCAGCCUCUGACCUAUCUGUCUUCUACCGUUGUUCCUUUAAAGGCUACCAAGACACCCUCAUGGUUCACGCACAACGUCAAUUUUACAGAGAAUGUUACAUCUAUGGCACCGUUGACUUCAUCUUUGGCAACGCAGCCGUAGUUUUCCAAAACUGCAUGAUUCUUGUUAGAAGGCCUUUAAACGGCCAAGCAAACAUGAUCACGGCCCAAGGUCGUGAUGACCCAUUUCAAAACACUGGAAUUUCGAUUCACAACUCUCAGAUUAGGGCCGCGCCAGAUUUCAAGCCCGUUGUCGGGAAAUUCAACACCUUCUUGGGCCGGCCCUGGCAAAGAUACUCUAGAGUUGUGGUCAUGAAAUCAUUCAUGGAUAAUUUGGUCAGUCCAAUGGGUUGGUCUCCAUGGGGAGGUACUAAUUUUGCUCAAAGCACUCUAUUUUAUGGAGAGUACAAGAACUUUGGGCCUGGAUCAUCAACAAGAAAUAGAGUAAGAUGGCCUGGUUAUCAUGUUAUGAAAAGCCCAGCCCAAGCAUCACCAUUCACUGUUGCUACCCUCCUUGCUGGCACCACGUGGUUACCUGCUACUGGUGUACCAUUCACUUCUGGCAUUUAAUUAAUCAUUGUCCUAAUUAAGUUCAUUGUUUACAAUUGGUUGAAAUUUAAGUUAUUUUAUUGUAGUUUGUGUGUAAAAAUAACACAAUAUUCUUUUGUA